GAAAAGACAUAUUUGGUGAAUGGGAUAAUAUAUUAUACAAAAUUAAAAAAGAAGGUGGAAUAGAAGGAAAAGUUAUUAAAACAUUAUUAGUUUCAUUAUGGGGUGUAUUAUCAUCUGCACGAAAAAGAAUAUCAGAAAUUGUAAAGCCACUAGGAGAUCAAGUAAAACGUAUACAUACAGAUGGCUUUAUUAUAGCUGGAAAAGUAGAACUUAAAACGGGAAUAGAAAUGG